CAUAAGAUGGGAAAGAAAAGCCUGAACACCUCUGAAGCUGGGGAGGCUCUGGAUGCCUCACAAGUUGAAUCUGGUCUAAGCUAUGAAGAGAAGUUGAAGUUUGUCAACAGAAUUGCAAAACCAAUGGCAUCAAAGAAGCUUGCAAAGAAGUUGAUGAAAAUGAUCAAGAAAGGAAGCAAGCACAAGGGCCAGAUCAGAAAUGGACUGAAGGAUGUCCAGACAAGGUUGAGGAAGGGUGACACAGGUAUCGUGGUGUUCGCCGGCGACGUGACUCCGGAGGACAUCAUGUGCCACCUGCCGGCCGUCUGCGAGGACAAGUCGAUCCCGUACGUCUACGUGGCCAGCAAGGACGACAUCGGCGGCGCGCUGGGCAGGAAGAAGGGCUGCAUCAUGGCGCUGAUCCAGCCGCACGACGACUACUCGGACGCGUUCCAGGAGUGCUCUGAGGAAAUUCGCCGGCUGCCGCUGCCCGUGUAGUGAUGGGUUGACCCGCGUGUGUGUAUGGUGUGUCGGGAGUUGACAGCCGAGUGGUCGGGACGAGAAUGGCAAGCCGAUGUCUCAGUUCUCUGAAGGGAGUGUGCAUGUGUGGUUUACCAAGAGGUGAGAUGAGUGACGAUGACUGAUGAGGAGGACGUGGUGACUGAAAACUGGACCAAUCAGGUUUCCGCGGGACCGUGUCGGAACUGCUCACGUGCCGGCGCGGUUGUGAAAUGCGGGGUGUGUGACGUCAUGAAGCCGUGUGGUGAAGGUGUUGUUUACAUGUCAAAGCUCCGGCUGAGUCUCUGAGAAGUGAGAGGGGAGUGGGGCGGGCUAUUUCGUGCCAGACGAGAGUGGUUGGAAUUCGGAGGCGAAGUAACUGAUACGUUGCAGCGACGGUGACUGAAGAUUAGCCGUCUCUGGACGAUUCUGAACCUGUAUGUUUUUUUACAUGUUUUGAUUCAGCGACCUUUUGUAAAAAAAGCAUCGGGUCAAAAAAAAGAAGCUGCCAUUUGUUGCGAAAAUGUAACCUCUGAUUCACUUUGGAAUAAAUAGGUUACCAGGAUAA